AUGGAUCCUUUUACGGCGUUUGCUUUAUUAGAACUAGCAAAAGAAGAUAAAAUUACUUCUUUAGCGGUUUGUUCUUCUGCCGUUUUCUUGGGGACAGAAAAUGGAAAAAUAUUUAACUGUGCGGUGUCGCUACCGCAAGAGGAGGAAGGAGAGGCCAAGGCGACAAUAAAGGCCCAGAUGCAACUGCCAGCAAAGAAGCCCGUGCAAACCAUUGCCUUUGUGGAGAAUGGCUGUGUGUAUCUUCUUCCUUUUUCCCUCUCUUCUGCUGGCCAUGUUCUAGCAAAAGCAACAGCAGCAGCAGCAUUAGCAGCAGCAGCAAGCAACAACUGCAGAAUGUGGCGGGAACUACUAGACCGUGGCAGCAGUAGCAGCAGCAGCAGCAGCAGCAAGACCAGCUCCUCCACCGCACCAGGCAGCAGCAGCAGCAGCAGCGGCUUAGGUCUGGAGGUUUGGGGUUUGCGGUUUACGGGUUGCGUGCAGUUACGGCAACUGCUGCUCGCUGGACGUGUUGCUGAUGCAUUGGAUCAGCUUAAUGCCACCUUCUCCUCAACGGAUCCCAGACGUGCUGAAGCUCUGGGGCAGUUCCAUUUGUUGGCGGGUUGGAGUCGUUUUUCUUCUUUGAAUUUUCCCGUGGCAUUUCAACAUUUCUGUCAUGCGCCUCUUGACUUGGGUCAUCUUCUUGCUUUCUGGCGUCGCAUGUGGCCAUCAUGGCUGCAAAUGCCGCUAAUGAAAGAAACAGAAAACCUUCUUACUCAUAAUCCUCCCUCUAUAUUUCCCCCCCCCAAGGAGCUCCCUGACUUCGUCAAGGAGAUUAUAGUAAAGGGGCGAAAGCCGACAGAAACAGACGGACAGCUGAACGCGAAGCAACAAGUCCUUGUGGAGAUGGCCAACGGGGCCCUCUGUUCUUUCCUCCUUAAGCAGCGGCAGCUGCUGCGCUCUGACUAUAAUGGGUUUUGUAGAUUUAGUAUCAGCAGCAGCAGCAGCAGCAGCGACAGCUGCUCUGCUGCUGCAGCUGCUGCUGCUGCAGGAGCCAGUGAAGGAAGGCAGAAACAACUGUUGCUCCUGCAGGCCAUCGACACAAUCCUCGUUAAACUCCUUGUCGAGGCAGAUGACAUUCGGUGGCAGCAGCUGCUGCUGCCGCGUCACGAUUCGCUGCUGCUACAGCAGCAGCAGCAACAGCAACAGCAGCAGCAGCAGCAGCAGCAACUACAAUUUUUAGGGUGUACAUGCAGUGUUGAAGACUGCCGUUUGUUUUUGUUGUCCAUCUGCCGCACGGAUGCACUUGCGGCUCUCCUGCAGGUGGUACAGCAGCAACAGCAACAGCAGCAGCAGCAGCAACAGCAACAGCAGGAGCAACAACAGCAACAGCAGCAACAGGCAGCAUCCCUGCUGCGACGGUUUGCCCCUCUCGUGUUGCGUGCAAACCCUAAAAGGACGAUAGACCUGUUUAUGCAAAAGGGAUAUUGCCCGCUUCCUGCUGCUGAGGUGCUGCAGCUGCUGCAGCAGCUGCCGCCGCAGCAACAGCAGCUGCAGCAGCAGCUGAGGGAGGCCUUCCUUGAACAUUUGCUGCUGGAGGGUUUGCUGCAUGACCCCCAAAUAGAGACAGAGCUCGCAUCUAUCUACAUAGAUAGAGCUCUAGCAGCAGAAGGAAAAGCAGCAGCACCAACAACAGCAACAGCAGGAGAAGCAGCAGCAACACCGGCAGUAGCUGAAGCAGCACCUGCUGCUGCAGCACAUGAACUGAGGGAAAGGCUUUGCUCUUUCCUGCAGCAGCAAAGCAGCUAUGAUGUACCCAGCCUGCUAAAAAAGGUAGAAGGGUCUGAUUUGAUUGAAGAGAAGGCGAUUCUUUACGGAAAGGCAGGGGAGCACGAAGCAGCACUGAUGUGCUUCGUUAAGGACAGGAAAGAUGUCGCAGCAGCAGAACGCUAUUGUGCUGCAGCAGAGCAGCAGCUGCUUCCGCUGCUGCUGCAGCUGCCGCAGCAAGAAUACGACGAUAUGAGGAAAACCGAUAGGCUAUGGUGUAUACCCGUUGCAGAGGCGCAGCAACAGCAGCAGCAACAGCAGCAGCAACAGCAGCAGCAACAGCAGCAGCACCAGCAACAGGGCUACGGAGCAAACAAACGAACGGCCGGAUUGCUGCUGCUUCUUCUUAAGGUAUUGCUCAAUUGCUGGCGUGAAGCCUCUGAUGAAGCAGCAGUAGCAGCAGGUGCUUCAGCAGGAGAUGGGAGAGCACCAGCAACCCCUGAUGCCGCAGCAGCAGCAGCUACAGCAACAGCAGCAUCGGGAGAUCCUGCUGCUGCAGCAGCGGGAGCCAACGGGGAGGCAGGGACAACAGCGGCAACAGCAGCACCACCACCAAGUGGAGCAGCGGCAGCAGCAACUGCAGCAGCAGAUUUUUACUUGCAGAACGCGUUGCUGCUGCUGCAGCGGCAUGCUGCUUCCGGUGCUUUUCCUUUAAGGGCGGUGUUUAAUUUACUGCCUGGUAAUCUGCUGCUGCAGCAGCUGUCUUCUUUUAUUCGUGUGUCUCUGCAGCAGCAGCAAAAUGCUUCUGCUGCUGCUGCUGUUCAUGAGAAACUCUGCAGCGCGGAUUAUCUUAAUGUCUACACGCAAGUAGCAGCAGAGAAAAGCAAAUGGAUCGAAAUCAACCAAGAAACAGCCUGUCCUCAAUGUGCCCGUCGGAUUGGAAGUCGAGGGUUUGCUGCUCUCCCUGAUGGUCGCUGCCUGCAUGUGCAGUGCAGCGAGGGUCUGGAGUGUAAGUACACCUAA